GGGCGGGCGGCGCGGCGGAACCCGCGAUGCUGCUCUUCUGCCCGGCCUGCGGGAACGUGCUGGUGGCCGAGGAGGGGCCGCGCUGCCACCGCUUCGCCUGCACCACCUGUCCCUACGUGCGCAACGUGACGCGGAAGGUGACCAGCAGGAAGUACCCGCGGCUGAAGGAGGUGGACGAUGUGCUGGGCGGCGCCGCGGCCUGGGAGAACGUGGACUCCACGGCAGAGCCGUGCCCCAAGUGCGAGCACCCCCGCGCCUACUUCAUGCAGAUCCAGACGCGCUCGGCCGACGAGCCCAUGACCACCUUCUACAAGUGCUGCAACCCGCAGUGCGGGCACCGCUGGCGGGACUGAGGGCCGGGGGAGCGGGUUUAGGAUCGCUGCUGCUCCCGCAAUAAACAGCGCUGCGGGCGAGC